CUGCGAUUGUAUCCAUUCGAAAACAAUUUUGCAAAAAAUAAAAUCAAAAUAGAUCGUGACCUUUACUUACACGACCUGAUAACAUACAACGUACAGUUUCUCAAUCGAAAGAAACGUUAAAAGUUAAAACAUUAUACGAACGAUCUGCAUCACGAGUAUCAAGAGUUCAUGUUCAGUAUUAUGUUGAGACAUGCAGACAGCAUUCAUUUUGGAAUGAAGGAAGACACACAAAGAAAGAUACGUUUAAGAACAUCCCUUAUAGAAAAUGUGCAGCAUAUGUUACUAUAGCUACAUCGAUAUUAGGUUUAUACUAUUACUAUAAGUUUCAAGGAGUUCAUGCAUUGAAUAAGAAAAAUGUACAAUGUGGAGAGUUCAAGAAAGGUUUAAAGAUGUAUACUUUGGAAGAAGUUGGCAAACAUGAUAAUAAAGAGGCACAUGUAUGGGUUACAUACAAGCAAGGGGUGUAUGAUAUAACAGAUUUUAUUGAAAAACAUCCAGGUGGUUCUUCGAAGAUAAUAAUGGCUGCUGGCAGUUCUAUUGAACCAUUUUGGACAAUCUUUGCUAAUCACAAUGCUCCAGAAAUAUAUGAGCUGUUAGAGUCAAUGAGAAUUGGAAACAUUUCUAAAGAAGAUGCAGACUCCAAUAAAGAUAAUCAAAAUGAUCCCUAUGCAAAGGAACCUGCUAGACACAGAGCUCUGAAAAUUAAUGGCCAUAAACCCUUCUGUGCUGAACCACCUCCUUCUUUAUUAGUUGAAAGCUUUAUCACACCAACAGAAUUGUUUUAUGUUAGGAAUCAUCUACCUGUUCCAGAGGUAGACCUGAAAACAUACGUUUUAGAAGUAGCUGUAGAGGAAAAAACACGAAAAACUCUCCGUUUUGAAGAUAUUAAAAAAUAUCCGAAAUACACUAUAACAAGUGCCGUGAUGUGUGGUGGAAAUAGACGAUCUGAAAUGGCACAGGAGAAACAAUUGAAAGGGCUUAGUUGGGGUGUAGGUGCUGUAGGCAAUGCUACAUGGACUGGUGCAAGGCUGUGCGAUGUACUUGAAGAUUUAGAGAUUAAUGAAGACAAUUACGAUCAUGUACAGUUCGAAGGAUACGAUUUAGACCCUUCUGGUACACCAUACGGUGCGAGUAUACCUAUUAGUAGGGCUUUGGAUCCUAGAGCUGAUGUAAUUUUAGCUUACGAAAUGAAUGGACAACCGAUACCAAGAGACCAUGGUUUUCCCAUUCGAGUAAUCGUUCCUGGCGUUGUAGGAGCUAGGAAUGUGAAAUGGCUUGGCAAAAUAAUCAUCUCGAAAGAAGAAAGCCAUUCGCAAUGGCAACGAGGCGAUUACAAGGGCUUCUCGCCUAGCAUCGAUUGGGAUAACGUGGACUUUUCUAAGGCACCUGCUAUUCAGGAAAUGCCUGUGAUUUCUGCGAUUUGUAAACCAGAACCAUCAGAAACGGUUAAAGUAAAAAAUGGGAAAAUAAAUGUUAAAGGAUACGCAUGGUCAGGAGGUGGCCGUAAAACGAUUCGCGUCGAUAUAACGAACGAUCAAGGUAAAACUUGGCACACUGCGAAUUUAGAUGCUGAAGAUACAAAUGCUAAGCAAGGUCGUUACUGGAGCUGGACGCUGUGGAACGUGGAUCUUCCUGUUAAAAAAGAUUACAAAGAAACAGAAAUUUGGGCAAAGGCUGUGGAUGCGUCGUACAAUGUUCAACCGGAAAGCUUCAAAAAUAUUUGGAAUUUACGAGGUUUCCUCUGUAACGCGUAUCACAGAGUUAAAGUUAAAUUGGAGCAUUGAACUCCUAAAAACAAUUUAAGACCCUAAGUACGAGAGAAAAUUCUUAUUCGUAAAUAAUGCGAUUGUAAUUUAGUUUUAUGAUUUUGUUUAUAUCUACGUUUCGUAAUUAGAGGUGAAUAUUAUAAACCUGUUGCCAGCAUUACAUUUACUCAGUUUGUUUUUACGAUUAUUUCAUUAAAAAA